GCUCAUGUCAGAAUGGCUUCAACCCUGAGGAGAGUGUACCACAUCACUGCAUUCAGCUGGUAUGCUUUUGUUGUUAAGAGUCUCGCUGCUAAGGAUGGAGAGGAGUUACCACCGGGAAUCUUUGUUUAUGGAGGACCUUGGAAGUACCUUACUUUUUUGAAUUUGUUAUUGCAAAUGUCGUUCUUUGGACUAGCAGCAGUGAACGAUCUACAACCUGGGAAAAAGACAGAUAGUACUCUGAACAGAUGUAAAGACUUCCUCUUCUCUGUUUUUGCCUUCCCUGUGGGCAUGUUUGUUGUUCUACUUUUCUGGAUGAUCUUUGCCUAUGAUAGAGAGUUAGUCUACCCAGCUACUAUUGACACCUUCUUCCCUCCCUGGAUAAACCAUGCUAUGCACACAUUUGUCCUGCCUGUUUUACUCGGAGAAGUGCUGGUGCAGCCUCACAUCUACCCACAAACGAAACAUGCGCUGGCAGCAUUAGGAGUUGUGGGCUUGGCUUACUUAUUUUGGAUUAUAUGGGUGUACUUGUCAGUUGGGAUUUGGGUGUACCCCCUCCUUGGCCACUUCAGCACUGCUGGUCUGGUGGGCUUCUUCUUUUUUAACAUGUGUGUGGUGACCUUGUUCUACCUGCUGGGGAACAAGCUCAACAGCCAUGUGUGGAGUAAGGACGUGAAAAAAAUGACAGCUAGCACAAAGUGACCCUCAGACUUUCUGCCAAAUGGAAAUGAUCAAACACUGUAAUAAUCCCUUAAAGUGAGACUAUGUUGCUUUUUGUGAGAAGACAUAACACAUUUUUCCUUUUACAAAUUAAAAGUUUAAUGUCCAAGCAAUAAAAAGCACCAUUGUUCAGUUCGUUACACUGAGGGGUUUUGCCUGCUACAGCCUUUGUUGGUCUGGUAUGACCAGAAGCUUAGGGCGGCUAUUAUUAGCAAAUCUUAGGUAAAUAAUACUGUACAGUUAAAUUGCAACUAAUGUGACUCAUAUUACUGAGUCAUUUCAGUGGUCAUGUGAUUCUUCUUCACCUGUGUUACAGUUACAUUAUUUCAGCCUUUUAGCUGAAAUAAUGUAGUUUACAAUUGUACAGUAGACAGUAGUUUAACAUUCAGGAUGCAUUGGUCCAUUAGUUGUAGCCACAUGUACAGUCUUGCUGUAAUUGCUUUAUGUUCUGAAACUGCCUAUAACAGCUCUGAUAUGAAUAUUACAGUUUAGCUUUAAAACUCAGCAACAUUGCAAAACACCUGAAUAAUGCGAUUUAAACAUCACUGCAGGCCUAAUAAAGCAAAUGCCUCUGACAAUAGCACAAGAAAUCUUGUGUCUGUG